AUGUCAACAUCAGACCUUAAAUCAACAAUAUUACAAGAAUCAACUAGAGCGCAAAAUGUUCACCACGCAGCUGAGGCAUUGAGAAUUGCCACGCAAUCAACACAUCACCAAGUACAUAAUCAACAACAUGUUCAACAGAUAGACAAAGAACAAGGGAAUAACAUACACGAAUUUAGUGAAUAUGAUUUGAAAUCUCGGGAUUCUAAGUAUAAGAGAUGGUCGCCUAAAAUGGACCAGUUUCUUAUAAAGUUAUUAUCGGAUGUGGUACACAGCUAUCCAAAGGGAGCAGAGGCAGAGAUGACGAAGAAGGCAUGGGCGUAUGUUACAGGUCAAUUAAGAGCAGCUAAUCCUGAGACGGUGUAUUCUACAUACACCAAAUAUUCAUGCCAGCAACAUUUAUUUAAUGUGAACCAUCAUAGAUUCAAAAUCUGGUAUAUUUUGAUGCUUCAUCUGAAGAAUAAUCAAACAACUGAUGGAUACAGCUAUAGAUGGAAUCCGGAUGGAGGUAGGUUUCAGAUUAUUGAUAAUACAAACGGGGGAAUCAUACAAGACGAGCGUCAAGUAAAAUCUUUGCUUUAUAGUGAUAGCAUGUCACUCCCAUCGUUGAGUUCUUUUAACAAGGGGAAUUUGAUUGUUACUGAUUUUUUCUUAACUGAUCACUUAGGAUAUAUGUCUACUUACCAUAAUGAAGUUUUACCGUUAUUGAUAAGAUUAGAUAACAGGUAUGCGGAUGGAUUGGGCGACCUUUACCACGAAAUCCCGAAGUUUGAAUACAGAGACUCAAACAAAGAAUAUUUCAAACCAUUAGUUCAAGCCAAGUCCAUAAAAUUAGGUACAAAUGAUGCAUCCAAAACAAAGAAGAGAACACAUUCUGAGUCUAAUCAAAGCCACAAUUCCCAAGGAGAUGUACCUCUUUUCACCAAUAGCUUGUCCUCUAUGCAACACGAUCCGGAAGUUGGCGACGAGGAUACAGUUGACCCGGCAUUAAAAAGGUCCAGGAAUAUUAAUACUCCCGAGACUAAUUCAAAUGCCACAACAACUGAGUUUGAAAAUGCAUUGGCGACAGCAGCAAUUGCUGCCAUCAACACACCGUCGGUGACAAAUGGCCGUGAUAUUCAGCCAAUAUAUAUCAAGGAUCGUAAAUGGUUUAAUAGAUUAGUGUCUUUGAACGAAUCUGGCCUUAUAACCCCGAAUGAAGUGUUGGUGGUUUGUGAGGGAGUUCGAGAUGGUAAAAUACCUUUAUUCAUGUUGAAUAUUUUAGAUCAAAGUUACUAUCCUACAAGAAGCGCGGAAGAUAUUACACCAGAUGAAACGCCAGAUGAAGAAGCUGCAAAGAAGAUCAGAGAGUUCAUGUUACCAAUGACGUUUAAUUCUUAA